UUUUUGAAGGUAACAAUGGACAGGAGAAUCAAGAUUCCUGGGAACUGUCCCAAGUGAUCAAUGCUAAAGAUGGAAUGGAGAAGUUUGCAAUUCGAAUGGAAUUCGAAAGCCAUGUGAGAAGCCAGUCAAAUAAUUGGAAUCAGGAAAGCUCAUUUUCCACAGAUGCUCCGAUGCAAGACUUUCUUGCCCAGCAAGAGAAAAUAAGGAAAAAAUAUAUUGGGAAAAGUGUGAAGCCAACCAAAGCUAAACUACAAGUAAAAGAACACUGUUUAAGCCUAAACAAAGGAGAAGAUGCAAUAAGAAGACACAACGGACAAAAUUACAAUGAGACAUUCAUUCUUUUUCUUGGAAAUAAGUUCCUUAUAUCUCAAAAAGUGAUUGACAUAAAAGACAAGCCUUAUAAAUGUUUGCAAUGUGGAACAUGUUUUAGAACAAGCAGGCAACUUACUUCCCAUGAAAGGAUUCACACUGAGGAGAAGGUCUACAAAUGCCGAGAGUGUGGUAACACGUUCAGAAGAUGGCAUAAUCUUAUUUCCCAUAAAAGGAUCCACUCAGGAGAGAAACCAUAUAAAUGCAUGGAGUGUGGAAAGACCUUUGCUUAUAGUAUUGGACUUACUAUCCACAAAAGGAUCCACAUAGGGGAGAAGCCAUAUAAAUGCAUGGAGUGUGGGAAGACAUUUGCUCAAAGUGGCCAUCUUAUUUGCCAUAAGAUGAUCCAUAAAGGGGAGAAGCCGUAUAAAUGCAUGGAGUGUGGGAAGAACUUUGCUCAAAGUGGUCAUCUUAGUUCCCAUAUGAUAAUCCACACAGGGGAGAAGCCAUAUAAAUGCAUGGAAUGUGGAAAGACCUUUGCUUAUAGUAAAGGACUUACUAUCCACAGAAUGAUCCACACAGGGGAGAAGCCAUUUAAAUGUAUGGAAUGUGGAAAGACU